UGAAACCUUUCCUCAAAGCCGAGCGUUCACUUCCUGUAGGUCACGGUUUUACUAUAGUUCGGAAGAAAUGGCGGACAUGGAUGAAUUGUUCGGGAGUGAUGGGGACAGCGACAAUGAUCAACGAGAGUCAGGCUCUGGCUCCGGUUCAGACUCAGAGCAGGAGAGGCCCCGGUCUGCCAGCAACGCCUCAGGCAGCGGCAGUGACAGCGAGCGGGACCGGGACGAUGAUGAUGACGACGAAGGCCAGGAGGCAGGGAAACCCAGUAUGAAUAAGGAGCUCUUUGGGGACGACAGCGAGGACGAGCAGCACAGCCAGCGCAGCGGCAGCGACAACCAGUCCGAGCGGUCGGGAAACCAGUCGGACGCCAGCGUCCACUCCGACCAGGGGGACAACGAUCACUCGGACGCGGAGCAGCACAGUGGAUCGGAGCGCGACCACCGAGAUGAGGAUGAAGAUGAGGACGACGGGGGCCGCCGGUCGGAUAUAGGAAGUCCGGGCGGCAGCGGGAUGUCCGGCGGCGGAAGCCCUCGUUCUGAGAGGGGCAGCGUUCGUUCAGACAGGACUCUGCACAGUGACCCCGGGACCCCGCAGUCGGGGCCAGGCACCCCUCACUCUGAGGGGGAAGCCUCCGGCAGGGAGAACCAAUCAGAUGACGAGAAGUGGGAGGGAGGAGCCAAGAGCGACCAGUCAGAGGACGAGGAGGAGAAGCGCCACUACUCCGAUGAAGAGCGGGAGAACUCUGACGACGAGGGGCCGAGGAAUCGGAAAUCAGAGUCUGCAAAGGGCAGUGACAGUGAAGACGAUUUCCUGCGACAGAAAACCAAAGCGAAAGCUGCCUCCGAUUCAGAUUCAGACAGCGAUAUCGGGUCAAGCAAACCAAAGAAGGCCGCCGCAGACGACCUGUUUGGAGAAGCCGACGACAUCUCCUCAGACAGCGAUGCCGAGAAGCCUCCGACGCCAGGACAGCCCUUGGAUACAGAGGAUGGGAUGGAGGGGGAGCACGCUGAAGAGGAGCCAGCGCCCGAAACUCGCAUUGAAGUCGAGAUCCCAAAAGUCAGCACAGACCUGGGGUCUGACCUUUAUUUCGUCAAGCUACCUAACUUCCUGUCUGUGGAGCCCAGGCCCUUUGAUCCUCAGUACUAUGAGGAUGAGUUUGAGGACGAGGAAAUGUUGGAUGAAGAGGGACGCACCAGGCUCAAACUGAAGGUGGAGAACACAAUCCGGUGGCGAGUCAAGAGAGACGAGGAGGGAAACGAAAUGCGAGAGAGCAACGCGCGCAUCGUCAAGUGGUCCGAUGGGAGCAUGUCCCUCCACCUGGGGAAUGAAGUGUUUGAUGUUUACAAAGCUCCCCUCCAGGGAGACCACAACCACCUGUUCAUCCGACAGGGUACCGGACUGCAGGGACAGGCUGUGUUCAAAACCAAGCUCACGUUCAGGCCCCACUCCACAGACAGCGCCACCCACAGGAAGAUGACCCUAUCCCUCGCUGACCGCUGCUCCAAGACGCAGAAGAUCAGAAUCCUUCCCAUGGCUGGAAGAGACCCCGAGUCGCAUCGCAACGAAAUGAUCAAGAAAGAGGAGGAGCGACUUCGAGCUUCUAUCCGCAGAGAGUCCCAACAGAGGAGGAUGAGGGAGAAGCAGCACCAGAGAGGCCUGAGCAGCAGCUACCUGGAGCCCGAUCGCUAUGACGACGAGGAGGAGGGCGAGGAGGCCAUCAGCCUGGCAGCCAUCAAGAGCAAGUACAAAGGAGGAGGAGGCCUGCGAGAGGAGCGAGCGAGGAUCUACUCCUCGGACAGCGAUGAAGGCUCCGAUGAUGACAAGGCCCAGAGGCUGAUGAAGGCCAAGAAGCUGGACAGCGAUGAGGAGGGCGAGGCGUCCGGGAAGAGAAAGGCUGAAGACGAGGAGGAAACGGCCACGAAGAAGGCAAAGAAAUACGUUAUCAGCGACGAGGAAGAAGAAGAGGAAGAGGAGGAGGAGGAUGAUGACGAAUAAUUCACUUUUUUUUUUUAUCAUUCCACUGAAUUAUCAGUGCUUGGCCCACAUGGCAUAUAAACAGCCAUAUUAUUUUUUUCUUUGUUUGUUUUGUAUAUUUUCUUAGGACCAGUGUGUGGGUGAAUGUGUUUGUGUGUGUGUGUGUGUAUGGUUGUUUAUGUUGUGUACAGCAGAGGUGAGAAAUAAAGAAAAGGCUUGUCUUAUGUAACCAGA